GAGAGAGAGAGAGACAAACAUGACAUGAGGAGCGUACUGAAAACAAGCGGCACUGUGUUCACACUCUCGCAUUUACCUGCACUAAUCGGAGAGCUGGUGUUUUGAAAGUGUCGAUCGGCGUGUGAGUGUAUAUGCUUGUGUGCGUGUGUGAGGGCAGCAAACCGGCGACCGAUGCGCAAAGCGGAUUGUUGGACAGGAUCAGGACCCUCUGUGGAUUGUCACUUUUAAACAAAAAGGCCUUUCAUCUUGCAGUCUACUGCGGAGAGCAGAGAGACAGGCAGAGGGAGGGAGAACGAGAGCGAGGCUCCCCAAGAGACUGACACGCCGAGGUAGACGGGCCGACCUACAUCCUGCUGUUUGUGUGGAGAUCUAGGACACUUCUCCGCCAGCUUAGCUCAGUGUGCUGCUCUUACGCUAAACCUCUAACCACCAACAGCAGAACAGCAGGAGGACGAAAAAGAAAUUGGCCUCGUCCACUCAACUUCGUUGACAAGGAACUUUGUGCUUUUUCCAAGACUGAUCUGAUCCACUUAGGGUCUGUGAUUCAUUGAAGAGAUUGGACACUGAACUAAAAACCCUUUCAAGUGGAUAAAUGAGGGUUGCUAUUGUUGAACUCCAGCUGUUCUUCAUCUUUUUAACUAAUUUGGACACUUGACUCCCCUCCCGUCAUAACUAGACCGAACCUGCAAUAAAGAGACUUUUGGAGAAAACUUUCGAAGGUGUUUCAUCGCCACCUUGACCUCUAACCUGUUUUUUUUCCUUAGUCGCCCAAGCAUCAUUUCAAACUGGCUGCCACAAGACAAGAAUGGAAAAUCUGACGUCAGCUCUCAAAACAUUAAACAAGAAUUCAGGGAAUAACCUAAACUGCCUUGACACAUUUAACGGUUAUGAAGAGUCUCUUCCCCCUAUCCAAGGGACUCCAACUCGCCUAGGGCGCCUCAUCAAACCGAAACCCAAUAUGACCUGCAGGCGAAAGCGCGAGUUCAUCUCUGAUGAGAAGAAGGAUGCCUCCUACUGGGAGAAACGUCGCAAGAACAACGAGGCUGCCAAGCGCUCCCGGGAGAAGCGACGUCUCAAUGAUAUGGUUUUGGAAAACCGUGUCAUUGCACUGAAUGAUGAGAAUGUGAGGCUCAAGACUGAGCUGCUCCAGCUGAAGCUGCGCUUUGGCCUCAUAAGCACUGCUUCGUACAUUGAGAAGAGCCAGCAGAUUGGUGGGGGCAACAACACAGGAAAUGGAGGCUCAUCCUCAUCCUCCACUACCCAGUACUACUCCAGCGGUUACUCUAGUGGUUCUCAGGUGAUGAUGGGCUCCGACUCCUCAGAAACAGAGCAGUCAGGACGCAGCGAGAGCCACAGGCAGCUGGUGAAAUACUCUCCACGUGGUUCCCUCUCUGACAUGUCCGACGGCUCCUCCAGGGACAGUCCCGAGCCAAUGCCCUUUGAGAUCAAACAGGAAGGUGACAGGCUGGAGAUGGACAUUGCCAAUGGCACCACAACCCAGAUCAUGUUUAACAUCCACCGCGGUCUGGCCUCUGUACCCACUCACCACCAGAUCCAGCAGCAUUCUCAGGACCUGGAAGCUGCAUAUCACAGCCAACAGCAGCAGCAGCAGCAGCAGCAGCAGCACCUUCCCCAACAACAACAACAACAACAACAACAACCCCAUCAGGAGCCUGUUACAGCUAUCAACACUGUUAACCAGACAGCCCCUCACCCACCUGCUGCCCAGAGGAGCGUCAUUCUGUACGGCUCCAGCAGUGCCUCUUAUCCUGUGGACGUCGACAUGCAGGCAGCUCAGAAGCAGAGCGGCGGCGGCAGCAGCCAGACGUGCGUCAGUCGACUGCCCCAGUCCAUUACAGAGAGCUCCACAGAGACACUGGCUGAGGUGACAGAACAGCUGGAGAGGAAGACAUUAGACUCCCCUUCGUAUGAGCUCUCAGACAGCCGUAAUGAGGCUGGAGAGAGACAGGUGUACAGAGUUUGCCAACUUCCCCAGCAGCACCUGCAGCAGGAGCAGCAUCAGCACCAGCAGGAGAGCGAUUCGUCUGCAGAGCUCCUCCACAAACAAGCGGAGGGGCUCAACCACUCGCACCUGUACCACCAUCUCCAGCACCCUCAUCAUUCAUACCUCAGUGCCCAAGACGAGGAGCCACCUGUCCUUACCUACGAGGGCGGGCCCAGGAGUGAGGCUUACUACCAAAGCCAAUCAAGCUCCUCGAGCAAAGACACGUCAUCCAGCGAUGGAGAUCCCCGCAGCUCUGACAAAGAUGCCUCCACAGAUGAUGAUGAGUCCCCCUCCUCGUCCUGCUCAGAUAUGGGCAGCUACCACAACCAACAUCACACCAGCCUCCACCAGCCUGCCUCACCUCUGCCGUCCUCCCAGGGCUGCUCUCAGGCCCAGGGCCGGGAUCCCCAGGGGGAGGUGAAGGGCACAGCGUUGCCCCACAAACUCAGGCUCAAACACCGGGCCAUGAGCACCGGGAGCAGCGGCGGCAACUGUUCCGGCCACGAGUCCCCAACCACGCCUCCUUCUGCCACACCGCCUCCCCUGCCCCAGCACCCCUACUUUUCCCUCACUCCACAAACGAACAGUAAGCGGGAGAGCCCGGGUGGAGCCUGUAAGCAGGCGGCCUCAGGGCAGGGGGCCAGGAAGGAGAGUGGGAAAAAGGACACAGGCGGACGACGAAACAAGAGGCGAGAGUAGGUGACAUUGACUUUUAGGACUUGUCACAACUUAAGAGACAAUUUCUCCUCGAAGAAUUACCCUGCCAUCAUGCCUUUGCCCUAUAAUCAAACCCCCUCCCUUAAGCCCUCUGGACAGUAAUCAGGGCUUUUCUACUCCCCUACCACAAACGUCACCAAAAAGGCUGGACAUCUUGUAGGGCUGUAUCAUAUUUGUAUAUAUUGUACAGAUUUUUCAUUUCUUACAUCCUCUCCAUACUUACAAAGCACUUUUGUUUAUGCGAUGAGAGGAGGAAUGGAACUGCCUGCUUUUUCUACUUUUGUCAUCCAACAAUACCACAGCAGAGUACAUCAGCAAAAGCACAUUAUGAUCACAUACAAACAAGAUUGUGAGGAAAAACAAAAAGUUCCAGGAUUUAUCAGUACUAUGAAUUUGGUACAUAUCCGACUGUAGACGAACAUACACGAGUAUGGCUUAUCUGCCUUAACUAAAAUCAAAUGCAAACGUACACUGGGUACAUUCCCUCGACCAAAGAAGCACCAACACCACCAACACUACAAAUAUCAAGUUCCAUACCUCUUCCCAGACCCUACCUCUACCAACCCAUACUCUCCCCAACCAUCUCCAUUAUUUCACAAAAGAUCGCCAUCACCUUUAUUUUUUAAGCACUUGGUUUGUAUAUUACUGUGAUAUAUGAAUAUAUGUAUCUAUUAUAAAUAUAUAUUUUACAAAGAAAUUUGAAUACAAAUUCAACAAAAACGCGACAAACCUGCAACGGUAAAAGAGGAUUUUUGAAAGUGACCAUCCUAAUAUGAAUCACAAUCACUGUACAGCCACAUUGUCUUCUGUUGUUACAGGACCCAUUCAAAUUAAAAUGCCUCUCUCUUGAUUGUUAAGCUUUAGCAUUAAUCAUUUGUUAAUGCCCUGUUUACACAGAAAUGGCCGUCCAGUUUGGAGCGCCAACAGCACUGAAUGGAGAACAUGUUGUUUCCUGAGGCAAAGGCCUCAUUAAAAUGUUUGGAUUUCUUAACCUUUAACCAGCCUUUAAAUAUUCGGUGGAAUUCACCAGCUGCAGGCUAAAAGCCUUUAGUUUAUUUGAGCUUUAUCAACCAUAUCUUGUUGUUGUUACCAUUUUACUGGCCCAAUGUAUUUAUUUCCCUCUUCUCCACACGCCCAUCACUGUAGAAAAGCCCACAGGAACAUAGACGGAGAAUGUGUACAGACCUUUUUAGAUACAUACUGCAGCCUUGAGUUUCAACUGUUAAUGUAGGCAUGGGAUGCUUGGGGGCAAAAGCAAGUUCCCCUUGUGUAAAAGACCUAAUAAGACCUCCACAGAUACUGUACAUUUACUGACGAGAGAUGAGGUUUUGUAGUGUGACCAAGCAUGACCUUUGAGGUUCAUACUGGAUCCCAGAUAACUGAGUUAUUAUGAAAUAAAAGCUAAGGCGGUACCAAAUCUUUCUACCCCUCCAAUUAGAGCCACUGUUAAAAAAUAAUCUGAACUUAAAUUAACGAAGGACUCCCCUUGUUUCCCAUGUGCCUCCAUUAUUCAUUUCAGGGGUUAUUCAUCCCUGUCUCAUGGUAGUUCUGCUACUGGGCAGUGAUGAAUUGCCUGCACUGGAUUCUAGUUUUAAAAAGUCUAUGUACCACGUUUGGCUUUUUGGUGCUUGUGUAUAAUUGUAAAGUUCCCCCUCCCCCCCUGAACAACACUGUAACGUUUAUUUCAUUGGUUUUAUAUCCUCUUUUUCGUCAAGGUGUUGUUCUGUUUUCCUCUAUACUGUGUCUUUUCUCCUAUUGACUGUGAUGACAUGUAUUUGCCUCAUUCCUCCUCCCCCUCCCCCCUUUUUUCAGUGUGUAUUAAUCAGUAAUGUUUGUGGUUUUGCUGAUGGUUUUAUGAAAAAGAAAAAAGAAACAGGCAAAGAUAGAGUGGUGUUUAGAGAUGGUGGUUGGUCUGGUUGGUCAUUACCAUCGCUUCCUUUUGACAUGAAUAUGUAUGUAAAGACACUAACGUUCAUUGUGGAAGAUGGGAGCAUUUCAAGAUCGAAAAACAAAAUAAAAAGAA